AUGAUAAUAUUAACAUUAAUUUCUAAAAUUAUUCUCCUUGACUUUAGUAAAGCCUUUGAUAAAGUAAAUCAUCGUAAACUUCUCCUUACCCUCCAAGAAAACGGUGUCUCCACACAAAUUCUCAAUUGGACACGUUCCUUCCUGAUAGGUCGGAGCCAAACUGUUGUACUGGAAGAUGAACACUCUACAGAAGUCCCUGUAAACUCUGGUGUCCCCCAAGGCUCCGUCCUCGGCCCACUCUGCUUCCUGAUCUACAUUAAUGAACUUCCAUCUUCUGUCUCCAAGUCCCAAAUUCGCCUCUUUGCUGAUGACACUGUGGUUUACAUUACUAUAAACUCGUCUUCAGACUCACAAUCCCUCCAGGAGGAUCUUGAUAAGAUGCAAAUAUGGGAAAGGGAGUGGGACAUGGAAUUCAACCCUCAAAAUGUCAAGUCCUUCACAUCACUAAAAACAAAAAAGUCAUCAACAACAAGUACUUCCUUCAUGGCCAAGCUUUAA